UCACAAGACGCUGAUGUUUGUUUCCAUUAUUGGUUUCUGUGGCAGCCGAAGUGUUAUAUUAUAUGUGGUGUUUGACACAUAAUCUUAACAUAUCAAAAUUAAAUACAUUUAAGCACCUGUCUAUAUUCCCACUCUUGGGAAAGGCCUUGUGGCCAUGGCAAAAGACCCACUGGCAGAAGCUGGUCUUCAUUUUGAUGAACUCAACAAGCUACGGGUGCUGGAGCCGGAAGUGGGCCAGAAGACCACAGAGCUCAAAGAAGAGUGUAAAGACUUUGUUGAUAAAAUUGGCCAGUUUCAGAAGAUAGUGGGUGGUCUCAUUGAGCUGGUGGACGAACUGGCCAAAGAAGCAGAGACCGAAAAGAUGAAGGCUAUUGGAGCAAGGAACCUUUUGAAGUCAGUAGCCAAACAGAGGGAGGCCCAGCAACAGCAGCUCCAGGCCCUGAUAGCAGAGAAGCAAAUGCAACUAGAGCGGUAUCGCAUAGAGUACGAAGCUCUUUCCAAAGUGGAAGCUGAGCAGAAUGAAUUCAUUGAUCAGUUCAUUCUGCAGAAAUAAGGAGUUGAAAGACCCGUGUGUGUGGGUGUGACCAUAUUUCCAGGUGCCUGUAUUGUUUUCUAUGGGUGAUAUCCACUACAACACAGGAAUCAGUUAGCUGAACACAACCUCUCUUACUCCUCACAAUCAACAGUCUAUCUAAAACAGAUGUUUUGUGCUGACAGCGAAUAAGCAGACUUGAUGCAAAAUUCAAAGGAACCUCUCACCUUUGCAGUUCUGUGGUAAUGUACCAUGUUUUUCAAUUGUAGGUGUGAAAAUCAACCAAUCUUUCACCCAGUCAUGAAUUUCCAUAAUUUAAAAGUUGAAGAAAUUAAUUAUAUUUGAAACCCUAGUCUCUGUGUGGCAUACCUUUCAAACAACUACAUGUACGUCAGACACAGCAAUUGGGAAAGGAAGCUAUUUAUAUACAAAAGGAAUUUAUUUAUAAUAUUUAUACUGAAGAACUACUCCGUAUCGCUAGUUUUAUUACCUUUUCUACAAGUGUAAAAACAAAGUACGGUAUUUGCAUGUUACUGUAAUUACUUGAUUUUGAAAUAUAUUUGUAAUUGCAUUUUUCUGUAGUGCCCCGUCCUGUGUUAAUGCUGUCUGUUUUCAGCUAUGAAUAUGUUGUUUUGUUUUAUAUCAUCAUUUGUUGGUGCAUGUGGGAUUACAUCUAAACAUUUUCUCUCAGGCUUAAUAGAAUUUUAGGCCAGUACAUUAUUUACAGUAUACCCCCACAUUUCUCAUUAAAUAUACUCAUUCCCUGCCUGUACAUUCAUCCAUGUUAAAGGUUAGUAAACCGACUUUGUUGACCAACUUCAUCAAAAGAUAUGUACUUGAAUAAAAAGGAUUUGCACAUA